AUGCUUGGUUAUAACCCAAGACGCCGACCACAAAGGGAGGAUUUUGAUUAUGAUGCCUACAUAUGCUAUGAAAAUGCUGAGUAUCAAUGGCCAUGUCACUGUCUCUUCAAGGAGCUCCAAAACGUCUCCCCUGGUAUAAGACUGUACCUGCCCGACUUACAUGACCCUGUAGGGUAUCCCAAGGCUGAAGUGACCAUUGAUGCUUUGUCGAGAAGCUGGAAGAUUGUUAUCGUGCUUACAGAGAACUUCCUGAGAGACGAGUGGAUACACUUUACUGUCCUGUCUAUUGUCAGACUGAUGUCCGUGAACAACGCAAUCACGGACCGGGUCCUGCUUCUGUACAACGAUAUGUCCUUGGCAGCGAGAGCUCGAGUUCCUCAUUUUCUCCUCAACGUGGUUUCAGAGGAACACAUUCUUGACGUGGAGGAACACCCCCAGUUCUGGACACAUCUGUGUCAGCGUAUCCUCAACGCUGAUCCCGCAGCCUUAUUCUAA